AUGUAUGACGACGCUCAAUACGCUGUUAAUAAAUCUCUGGCUUUAGAUAAAACAUAUCAAGACGCUAUUCGAGAAUCAAAAGUUAUCGAUAGUCUUAAAAAUGAGCGAAUGAACCAACGAAUUGCACAUUAUGAAAAUAUGGUGGUUCGUACAGUUUAUACAAAAGAUCGAGAAUAUUAUAAUAUUCUGUCAAUCGACGGUGGUGGCAUUCGGGGAAUCUUACCGGCUGUUUGGCUGUCGGAAAUUGAGCGAAAAACACAUCGGUCGAUUGCCUCCAUGUUUCAGAUGGUUGCUGGCACUUCAACGGGUGCAAUAAUAGCGGCUGGUUUAACUAUCCCGCAACAGCAUCCGAUGUCAGUUGAACCACUUUAUAAAGCGGCUGAUCUAGUAAAACUUUAUACCACUAAGGCAUCUGAAAUAUUUUCUCGUAGUAAUACAUUGGGCAGUUACAUUAAAACCGAUCCGAGAUACACUGAUCGGGGUCGAAAGACGUUAUUUAGCACAUAUUUUAGAAACACACGUAUUUCAGAAGUGCUAACUGAUCUUGUUAUUCCUGCUGUAACGGCUGAAAACCCUUGUACUCAUUUAUUCACAAAGUGCGCUGCCGUUGCUGAUUCAUCAAAAAAUCACAUGUUACAAGAGGUAUUGAUGUGUACAACAGCGGCUCCAACUUAUUUUUCGCCAUACAAACUCGGGACAACUGUCUAUACGGAUGGUGGCGUACACCUCAAUCAACCAUCGCUCGCUGCUUGUAAUGAAGCAAUACGGACAGGCCGUAGUAGUCAAGAACGUAUAUUUUUGCUGUCUUUGGGGACCGGUAGUUUUGUUCGUGAUCCAUUAAAUCCCAAUGCCACGCGUAACUUAUGGUUUUAUUUGACACAUCGCGAGACAGUUCUUCAAGUUAUCCUUGAUGGCCCACAAAAUAAUAUUGAUUCACAGUGUACAGGCAUAAUCGGAGAAAAUUAUCACCGAUGGCAAGUUUGGUUUGAAGAAUCAAUUAAACUAGAUGAUACAAAUCCAAAAACAAUUGAAUUUCUAUUUGAUACAGCUCGCGCUCAUAUAGAAGAAAUGGAAGGGUAUGAUAAUAAAUAUCGAUUAGGACUGUUGAUUGAUCAUUUAAAAGAGUCAUAA